AUGCAGCUUCUGAACAAGUUGAUGGCUAUCUCCAAACCUCAAAACCUGGCUCUACAUGAACAAAGUGAGGUUCUGAGAGCAGAUGUGUCUUGGCAGCAGGAAACCAUCCCCAUGGUGGAGACAUAUGACUCCGAGGCAUCUCGUCAAAAGUUCAGAUAUUUCCAGUAUUUGGAAGUGUCUGGGCCCCAUGAAGCCCUGAGCCAACUCUGGGAACUCUGUCUUCAGUGGCUAAGACCAGAGAUUCAUACAAAGAAGCAGAUCCUAGAACUGUUGGUGCUAGAACAAUUCUUGGCAAUCCUCCCUGAAGAAGUCAGGACUUUGGUGAAUUUACAGCAUCCAAAGAAUAGCAAAGAUGUGGUGAGCCUCAUAGAAGAUGUGAUUGAAAUGCUUAAAGACGAAGAUACAUUCUGCAAGGAUUCUGUCCUCCAAAACGGGAGCAUCCAGGAGGAGAAAAUAGAAGCUGACUCACUAACAGACAGACUCCAGGAACCAGUGACAUUCAAGGAUGUGGUUGUGGAAUUCAGCGAGGAAGAGUGGGGGCAACUAGACCCUGCUGUAAAGAACCUGUACAGGGAUGUGAUGCUGGAGAACUAUAGGAACCUGAAUUCGUUGCAUAAAGUGAAUUUACUCACCAAACCAGUUGAGAUCCCUGAGUUGGAGAGUAAAAAAAAAAGAUGGAUAAUGGAGGAAGAAAUCCCAAGGAGAACUGUUUUGGACGUUAAGACUGUUUCAGAAAACCAGGAUUCAAUUCCACAGCAGAGAGUUUCUAGAGAAGAAUCAUCCCAUGGAGUGAUUAUGACAAGGCUUACCAAAAGUGAACAUUCUUCCUUAGAUGUCUGGAAAAGUGAGGAUUGGUUAUGUAGGAACCAGAAAAACUGGGACAUAAAUUUGUCACCAGAAGCUUUCAUUCAUACGACAGUCUACACUGAGGAGGGAGACUUUGAAUGUGGUGAAAACAAGAAAAGCUUUGAUGUUAACUCGAUUAACUCAAUUUGUGAUGUACAACAAGGAAUUCCUAUAAGGAAGGGGUCCCCAGAGUGUGAUAAGUUUAAAACUAACUUCAGAUUUAAUUCAGUAAGUGAGCCACAUUCAGAAUAUAAUGAAUAUGGGAAUGCCUUGAGCCUGAGUACAGAUAUUAUUCAACACCAAAAAUGUCAUACUACAGUGAAUUCCUAUGAAUGUUAUCAGUGUGGAAAAGCCUUCAGCAGAAGCUCAUCCCUCAUUCGACAUCAGAUCAUUCACACAGGAGAGAAACCCUAUAAAUGCAGUGAAUGUGGAAGAUUCUUCAACCGACGUACAAACCUUUCUAAGCAUCAAAAAGUUCAUACUAAAGCAAAGGCAUGUGAAGGCAAUAAAUGUGAAAUAGCCUUCAGUACGAGUGAAAACAGUAAUAAAAAUCCAGGAUGCUAUUCUCAAGAUAAUUCCUAUGAAUGUAUUGACUGUGGGAGAUCCUUCAACCGGAGCUCCUCCCUUAUUCGACAUCAAAUGAUUCAUACAGGAGAGAAACCAUUCACAUGUAAGGAAUGUAAGAAAACCUUCAACAGGGGUUCAAACCUUGUUAAACAUCAAAAACUCCAUACUCGAUAA